CUGUCCCAACCCGAAAGUCCAGUUCUGCGGCCCGGCAGCGGCGAGCGAGCGCGAUGACACAGGAGUACGACAACAAACGGCCAGUGUUGGUUCUUCAGAAUGAAGCACUUUAUCCACAGCGUCGUUCCUACACUAGUGAGGAUGAAGCCUGGAAAUCUUUCCUGGAAAACCCUCUCACUGCAGCAACCAAAGCGAUGAUGAGCAUCAAUGGAGAUGAAGACAGUGCAGCUGCGCUGGGCUUGCUCUAUGACUACUACAAGGUUCCGCGAGAGAGAAGGUCAUCAACAGCAAAGCCAGAUGUUGAGCACCCAGAGCCAGAUCAUAGCAAAAGAAAUAGCAUAUCAAACGUGACUGAGCAGCCCCUCAUUUCUGCUGGAGACAACAGAGUGCAAGUGCUGAAAAAUGUGCCAUUUAACAUUGUCCUUCCCCAUGGCAACCAGCUGGGCAUCGACAAGAGGGGCCAUCUGACAGCUCCUGACACCACGGUCACUGUCUCCAUAGCAGCGAUGCCUACCCACUCCAUCAAGACGGAGACCCAGCACCACGGCUUUGCUGUGGGGAUCCCCCCAGCAGUGUAUCAUCCUGAGCCCACAGAGCGUGUGGUGGUUUUCGACCGGAACCUGAAUGCUGACCAGUUCAGCUCUGGUGCUCAACCCCCAAAUGCUCAAAGGCGUACUCCAGACUCUACCUUCUCAGAGACCUUCAAGGAAGGCGUUCAGGAGGUUUUCUUCCCCUCGGAUCUCAGUCUGCGGAUGCCUGGCAUGAAUUCAGAGGACUAUGUUUUUGACAGUGUUUCUGGGAACAACUUUGAAUAUACCCUAGAAGCCUCAAAAUCGCUCCGACAGAAGCCGGGAGAUAGCACCAUGACGUACCUGAACAAAGGCCAGUUCUAUCCCGUCACCUUGAAGGAAGUGGGCAGCAGCGAGGGCAUCCACCACCCCAUCAGCAAAGUCCGAAGCGUGAUCAUGGUGGUUUUUGCCGAGGACAAAAGCAGGGAAGAUCAGUUAAGGCACUGGAAAUACUGGCAUUCGCGGCAGCACACGGCUAAACAAAGAUGCAUUGACAUAGCUGACUACAAAGAAAGCUUCAACACCAUCAGUAACAUUGAGGAGAUUGCUUAUAAUGCCAUUUCUUUCACUUGGGACAUUAAUGAUGAAGCAAAGGUUUUCAUCUCCGUGAACUGCUUAAGCACAGAUUUCUCUUCUCAGAAAGGUGUGAAGGGGUUGCCUCUGAACAUUCAGAUCGACACCUAUAGCUAUAACAACCGCAGCAACAAGCCUGUGCAUCGGGCGUACUGCCAGAUAAAAGUCUUCUGUGACAAGGGAGCUGAACGGAAAAUCAGGGAUGAAGAACGAAAACAAAGCAAAAGAAAAGUUUCUGAUGUCAAAGUACCGCUGCUUCCCUCUCACAAACGAAUGGAUAUCACGGUUUUCAAGCCCUUCAUUGAUCUCGACACCCAGCCUGUCCUCUUCAUUCCUGACGUGCACUUCGCCAACCUACAGCGGGGCGCUCAUGUCCUUCCCAUUGCCUCAGAAGAAUUGGAGGGUGAAGGGUCUAACUUGAAAAGGGGGCCUUAUGGCUCGGAAGACGAUUUUGUGAUCCCUCCUCCUGCUAAGCUGAGCCGGGUAGAAGAACCAAAGAGAGUGCUGCUCUAUGUGCGAAAGGAGUCGGAAGAAGUCUUCGAUGCCCUGAUGCUCAAGACUCCGUCUUUGAAAGGCCUGAUGGAAGCUAUCUCAGACAAAUAUGAUGUUCCCCAAGACAAGAUUGGGAAAAUAUUCAAGAAGUGUAAAAAAGGGAUCCUGGUGAACAUGGACGACAACAUCGUGAAGCAUUACUCCAACGAAGACACCUUCCAGCUGCAGAUCGAAGAGGCCGGGGGGUUGUACAAACUCACCCUCACCGAGAUCUGAGGGCGCCCCGGCCCACGACUCCCAGUGAGCUCAGGGAAGCUGUCACGUGGGCCUUUGGGUUGGCAAGCCUCAGGUUCCCCGGUCGGCCACCUUCCAAACAUGGGUGGAUGUCAGUGGAAGGGGUUCCUUUCCAGUUGGAGAUGGCGCCGCAUUUGGCUUGGAGAUAGCAUUGACUAUAUUGCAUUGGCGUUUUUCAGAUGACAGAGAAAGCAUAUACCACGAUGUUUGAAUUUUCUGAUAUAAAUACUUAGCAUUAAAGGUGAAAACUUUGUUCCAAGAUUUACUAGAUUACCUGGGAACCUUAAGGUAUCUGCUACGUUAUUUAUAAAAAUAUUGUCUCUUCAGUGCUAGUGGGCCUGCUCACUAGUGCACGUCAGACUCGGUGUAACUAUGGCUGCCUCAGGCUAUGGGCACGGCACCCCAAGAGGACCAGGUGCGCCCUUUCUCCCUCGGCCUCUCAUUCCCCAGUAAAUGUUUACUCCAAUAGGGCAAGUUUCCGAAGUCUUCCUUUGCAACUCUCUUGAACAUAUCAACUGCCUCUCUCAUGAAGAACUUAAACAGUUACAGUGUGCGUCCGUCAAAGCUAAAGCUGCGUGUAUGUAAGUGCAAUACGUCUUGAAGGCCCGUGUCUGUAAAUGUGUACAUACCUGUCUUAUAUAAAUAGAUAAUAUAUACAUGUGGUGUCCGUGUACAUAUAGUGAAGAGAUGUGAUGAGGGCUACCUUAAAGACUUCCUUGAGACGAGAGGAUAAGUUAUUUUCGAUCACCUACACCCAGCAGAUAGCAUACUGCGCUUAGUGGAACCCACUCAGACGCUUUCUUUGCGUUUUCCCAAACACAGCAGUCAUUCAGUAGCAUAGCAAAACCUUCUCAGACGACAGAGAUUCUGUUUGCUCUUGCAAAUGUUAUUAUGUGGAUGUCAGCACUGAUUAACAAAUGAAGUAAAGGAAAAAACACUGCUGCAGCUCAUGACUGCUGUGUCUGCUAGUAUCAGUCAGGUGGACCUGACAGAGGGAAUAAACACAGUAAUCAUAACACGUGCUGUGGUUACUGUGAACUGGGUGACACAACUCAAGAUGGAGUUCUUCCUGAUCUUCCUGUUACGAGAAAUGACUUCUGUUUUAUCAUGUUCCAGAACCUUCAAGCUUUGGUUGUCUAGUAUGCUAACAAUUCUAGAAGGCAUUCAUGAAUUUAUGAGACUGUGUUACUAUGGCAGGGGAACA